GGCAGCUUCAUGCCUGCAGGUCAUCAAAAUUACAUCUUGUACAUGUAGAUAGGUAUUUUUCUGUUUGUACUUCGGAGCUAUACCAUACUUAGUCUCAAGGUACGGCACUCGUUGCAUGCGGGCUCCGAUGAAAUCGAAUUCGUUUCCUUCACUACGCGUCCAGCAUUAAGCGCCUCGUAUAAGCAAUCAAUAUAAUGCCGUCACGUCGCCCCCACACGAAAAGCCGUCACGGCUGUCUAGAAUGCAAAGCUAGGAAGGUGAAGUGCAACCAAGACAAACCCGCCUGCGCUCGUUGCACAAGGAAUGAACAGUCAUGCCACUAUGACAUGAUUUCAGGAAAACUGUCCUCGAGAAAGCCCUCCCCAGGACCUGGCAUGGACACCAUUCCACUUGCCAAAUCCCCCUGGAGUAUCUCUCGACUCCCAUCUCCAAUUGACCAGCUUGAAACGCAGCGAGGUAGAUUCACGGCCUUCGAUCUGGAACUUAUGCACCACUACUCCACGGUCGGAUUCCUACCCCACACACCCAACGGCUCGCAGACUCAUAUUUGGCAGAAGUUAGCACCGGAAGAAGCGUUCAAACACCGGUUUCUGCUACACGGGAUCCUUGCCAUUGCCGCGCUCCACAAGGCUCGCCAUGACCCAGAUACGGCACCAGAGAUCACCAUGCUGGCAAUACAGCACUACACUACGGCCAUUAGCCUCUUCCGACCUGUGAUCACUGAUAUCCAUCCUGGCAAUGCAGUCGCAGCAUUCAUGCUGUCCGGCCUCUUGGUCUGUAUCUCGUGGGCGCUUCCCUUGGCUCAUCCCGACAGUGUGGGCAACAUACACAUGUUGACUACAGACGAGACUUUGCAGCAUAUACUUGAUAUCUUGCAGCUGCUACGAGGCAUACGAGAAAUCGUCGAUAGCAGCUGGGCCUGGACGCGGCAACUGACUCCCAUUUUCGAACUAGCUAUCAAUGAUCCCGACGCCGUCUUCCCACCAGAGGAAGAAGCCAUUUUGCAAGCGCUGCAAGAGCGCGUUCGCGCCGAGACAAAAACCUCAGCUGAAAGGGAUAUGUAUGAUGAUAUGUUACGCCAGUUCCGUAUGUUCUGGCCGCUGGAGCACCGCCCCUAUGCGCAUGGGCUGGUGCAUGCAUGGUCGACGAGGAUCUCGGACUGCUUUAUGAAAGCGAUUUUAGAGAAGAAGUCAGAAGCGUUGUUGAUCUUGGCUUACCACGGGGCUUUGCUGCACGAGUUAACGGAUUGCUGGUGGGUGGGUGAUAAGGGGAGGGUGAUCAUUCAGACAGUGGAGGAUCUGCUACCGCCUGGUUAUGAGGACAUCAUGGAAUGGCCGAAGCUGCGCGGGGGCUUGAUAUCAAAGACUUGAGAGAUCGUGUAGUUCAAACUAUGAUCUGAGCCUGGGAGCAGCCUAUAACAGUGGAGAGGUAGGAAUAUACUCUCUCCUAGCUAUACAAGCAGAUCUUACUUUGGUAUUUAUCUCUAUUACCAUUCGUAGUAAUGACUAGUGGUAACUAUCAAGCCUAACAAGCCUGUUGAUAUCACCUCGGUGGUGAUUAUGACGUCUUUAUGUUUAGCAUACUAUACUGAUUGAUAUUUUUUAUUUGUAUUGAUUAAUGUCUACUUCGAACCUCUCUUAAAGUAUUGAGAUAUAUUAAAAUAAGAAACUAUUAAAUAAUAUA